GUGUGAAACUAUUUUAUAAUAAUAAUAAAAAUUAACGUGCAUUUUAUAUAAAUUCUAUGCAGUUCGCACUCAAUGUUAGUAGAAGUUUGAAAUCCUUGCAUUUCAAAGUCUACUAUCGUCCUAGAGCAUUUUCAAAAUGAGGUAUUUUAUCGUUUUUAGUGUCCUGAUAUUCGCCAUUGUUUGGGUUUCGACCUAUGGGGCACCCCAAAGUUCAGGAGGUUCCGGCCAGGGCCAACUCGGGGGACAGGGAAGUUUUGGAUUUGGUCUAAGCGGUAGUGCUUCUGGAUCGGCCAGCGCCUCAGGCUUCGGAGGUGCAGGCUCGUCAAAAUCAAACUCCGACUCUAGCGGCGGCAGUAGCUUAGUCAAGAGAGACUUGGCGAACCACGCCCCUAUUGCCCACCACCUCCACACCGCCUCCUGUUUCGGAGGUCGAGGAGGCGGUGGCGGCGGCGGACCUCCCCCACCACCACCAACCAACAGCACCUCUUCAUCCGGCUAAAUGGAUUCUUGGAUCAACUAGGGAAUUAUUGUUCUUAUGUAUUAAUAAAAUAAUAUGAUUGAAAUUUGAA